AUGCACCACAAGCAUCUAAGGCGUCUGGUUUUCUUCGGAGAUGCAGACGGGGACACUUCGACGAAUCAGACGACCAGCAAAGAUACCAAUGCAACGACCAGUGCUAGUGCCCCGAAGGCUACAGGCACCAGCACUACCAAUGAUACAUCGCUCGCGACACCCACCACAUCGAUUGCCAACGACACCUCGCAGGAUACUGACCCUCUCGUCAUUGGCAACUCCACCCUUCUCCCCUCUCCUACGAGCAACAGCACCAAUACGACCAACACAACGACUACCACGAACGGGACAGCCACGAGCAAUCAGACGAUCUCCACUCCUCUUCCUACAACCAACACCACAGUCUCUACAAAUACUCCUACCUCUACCCCUCUCCCUAUGACUACAAACACCACUACUACAGAUACUGCACCGACUCAAACCACGCCCGCUGUGACUUCGACGCCGGUCACCAAUGGCACCACCAGUACGACGGGUACAACUGCGACACUUGGAUCCUCAGGCAGCGGCCACAACACUUCGACGGAAGUGAACGUUGGCGAAAUCAUUGGCAUCGUCGCCGGCGGUCUCGCUGGAAUGCUCAUCGUGGGCUUCAUCAUCUCUUCUAUCUUCCGGAUGCUGCAAAAGAAGAAGCGUGACCUAAGAUGGAUCGACUUCGACCACAACAAUGAUCACAAGGACGACGAGCCCAUCUCCUCUGCGGACGCUGUGCUCAGUCGACAUCGUACCACUGCAGGUCUGGGAGGGGCAAGGGGUACUGCCAGUGUUGCAUACGAGAAUGACAAGGCAGACGAAGGCGGCCCCGGGCUUGCAGGCAUUGGACGACUCACAGGCGAUCCGCCUAUGCAAGCAUACGAAAUGAGUCAGGUCCACACAGGUGCCGGCGCUUCUUCAAUGCUCGGCUCGGCUCCCGGCGAAUUUGGUAGCCACUACGGCGGCAGUCAGGCCGGACAGCAGUAUCCCUAUGCAAAUCUGGACGGAGGGUACGACGCGGAACAUGCGCAGUGGUACCACAACACUCUGCAGCCGCACCAGCCACUUGGCCCUCUGACACACUACGAAGAUGGUUCUCUCGGCAGCAUGGGUCAAGUCUUGUACGCUCCACACCCCGGACCUUCCCAGCAGGCAAGUCCUCAGCGCUCUGACCAUGGUGGUGGUGUGCAUGCGCCCCUGAUGACCACUGCACCCGAGAGUGCCUACGCAGAGUACUGGGGCACUACCGGUCUCCCGGAGCCUUAUCCACCACAAGCCGUCUCUCCAGCCCUGAGCGCUGCUCGUUCCAUUGGAGGGACUACCCUGGUGCGAGCGCAGAGCCACACGACGGGAGAGGGACAGUCAUUCUCCCAGCCUAGUCGGAACCAGAGCUAUCGGACAGGAGCCUCGCAUGCGACUAGCAAUACCUAUGUGCACUCGCCCAUGUCCGAAGAGGGGGAAGAUCUGCAGAGAAAGGAGGUAGGAGCUGUGGCUGUAGAUGCGUCGACGGCGAGCGGACAUGCGAGGGAAGAAUCGGCCCCUAAGCUCGCCUUACCGGACAACUUUGGCAACCUUCGAGUGGUCAAUGCUGAGCCAGAGAGCGAUCGGGAGUGA